CGUAUCAAAAAUAAACCUCUAGCCCCCAAUCCAAUAUCCCAAAGUCGUAGGAGGGGGGCGGGGAGGUCAGUCGGUCAUCCUCAUUCAAAGCUUCUUGAAACACAUUCUUUAACACCGCGUCGUCUUCCGUUCUUACCUACCUACGGAGGAGGAAACGAAACGAAACACCUCCAAGUCCCCCCCGUUUCUUACAUAAUAUAAUAUUAUGGCAUGGGAUUCGCUACGUCGGCCGUUGACGUUCUUGCCAAGAUGGAGCUUCUCACGAUGGCUUCUCGUCGCCAGGCUGCUGCAGGCGGCGGGCACGCUGGUCACCGCGCUGCUGAAUGGCUUUCUGCUCGUGUAUACGCAUAUCAACCGGCUGGGCUUUGCUGACAGUAUGUUUGCGCUGGAGUUGAUGGCAUGUGCCGCGUUCAUCUACUCCAGCAUCGUCUUACUCAUGCAGCAUGCCGGGAGCCCACGACGAAGAUCCAGUGCGGCGCUAAUCAGAACGUUUCUCGUUUGCGAUGUGUUGUUUAAUGGGCUGAUGCUCGCUAUCAUGACUGUGCUUGCUCGCAUGGGACUUCCUAUCGAUUGUCAUGGGCUAACACGGCUCGAUGUCGAAAAAGGCGAUGCCCCAGACAACCCACCUCCUGGCUACGACACGAUCCGCUUCGGCGACGAAGACCUUCGUAGAAAAGGGGUGCUGGAUAAAUACUGUCCCCUAGAGCGGAGCUUCUACUUCAUCGCAGCAGCGCUAAUACUAACUUACAUGCUAACCGUCACCCUCGGCGCCCUGCGCCUCUUCGAGAUGCACUGGAAGAACAACUGCCGGAUGGACCCGCUGUACGACAACUCGAGCGACGACUUCUACCACCUUGACCGGGUCCCCAAAGUCCAGAGCCCCGUCCUCAAUAGCAGGGAUGUCGAGGACAUCGGCCCAUCGAGCGAGGGCGUCCUCACGCCGCGGUCCAGGACCAGCCCCUCGUUGCAAACCCGGGGGAUUGGGUCCUCGUCGUCUAAUGAAGCAAACCGGGACCGCGUAUUCCGCGAACAAGCGCGCACUCAGCCCCUCCCCGUCUCCCCCGUCUCUGCCGCGUCGCCGAUAUCCCAGGUCUCGCCUAUCUCUCCCGUCCCGCGGCAGCAUCGCGGUUCGUUCAUAGGCACUGCUACCCUUAACACCGCGCCGGACACUUCGCUAGGCAUCAUGCCCAUGAUUAUCGAUCCGUCCACGGAGUCGGCUGCCGAGGCAGCGAUGGUUACGGAUGGGUACCGGCACCCGCGGCAAGAUUUGGGAAGGCUAACGCUGCCCCCGUACUCGCCCGGCCAGGCGAGGGGGCAGUACAUGAGUGGCCAUGGGGACGAGUCGAAUGAGAUGAGGCUGAGUGAGUAUGUUAAGGGGGAGAGGAGGGCGCAGGAUAUGAAGGAUUCGGGGGUGGGGUUGUGAGGAUGUGUACGUAUAGGGCUUGGGUUAUGAGUUACGCUAUCUAUUGGAUGAUGUGCAAGGGUUAGGGUUAUAGGGACGGUGGUAAUCUGCUUUCGUGCGGUUUUGAUAGGUAUUAUGUCAUUCUCAUUAGCGACGGCGUUGGAAUUGGAUCUCGUUCCGUCACCGAGGUGUUAUGUAUGCUAUAUAUUUUACCUCGUCAGGUACGCGGUAGAUACACUCACGUUUCUACUAAUCAAAAACAUGUAUUCAAGAGAUUUGGAAAAUCUGGGAGCUUGAUACCUGGUUACCUACCUAACCUAGGUAACUAACCCCUUUCCAAGGUUCUUACCAUAAUACCAUUCUUGACGCCCCUAUUCCUAUUCCCCCCGUUCCCCACUUCCCGACCCAUUCCGAGCAAUCAGGCAACGUUCCAAUUGCUUGGAGGAUUCAGUUAUUACAUGCACCCUAAGCC